UCAAUCGCUGGUUAUGUUCUACAUACUGUUCCCAAAUGUAUCGACAGGAUUUAUUCCAAUUGCCUGCCUAUUAAGAACUGAACAGAGUUGUUUUCCAAUACAAAAUUCAGACGCAUAUACUCGCCACACUAUCUCAUGUAUCGUUGCAUUCGGAAUUCACAUUCCCAUUAGGAAUCUGAAAUUCAUCAAAAUGAUCUGCAUAGUCUCGAAAAAAGUCACAAACCAUGAGUUUGCAGAGACAAGAGAAAGGAGAGUGAAUAUUGAAGAAACAUCACUGCUUGAGUCUGUAAGAGAGCGUAGGAGUCAUGAUAGAAGAAGCUUGAGCUGGGUAAUGAGAGGGAGUGCAAUUAUAGUUGCUUUUCUAAUUCUGGGGGGCUUCAUAAAAUUGUUGAGCUACGUGAAGGAGUCCCAUCAGUCUUGUGUGUCCGAUGAGAAUGAGCUUUCCUACUUCCAUCGCUGGUUUGUUAACGCAGGAAGCAAUCUCACCAUUGCCACACAUCUCAAGGAGCUCACACGUACUGUGCAUGUAGCAGGCACGCCCCAGGACAUGCAAACUGCUACGUACGUACAAAAUUUCUUUCAAAAGUAUGGGCUUUCAGCACACUCAGUCGAUUACAAGGUUCUGUUGUCUUUUCCAGUAUCUAGAUCUCUUUCCUUGUUUUCACCCAGCACAGGAGUAAAGCAUGAGCUGUGUCUGGAUAGUGGGCAUUACAACAAAUCAGUAAUGCCGCCGUUCCAUGCUUGGUCACCGUCGGGAACUCUAGUCGGCGAGAUGGUAUAUGUCAAUUAUGGAGGAGAAAAAGAUUACAGAAUGCUUGCGAAGAUGGGAGUGAAUGUAAGCGGGGCCAUUGCUAUUGCCAGAUAUGGUGAUAUCUACAGAGGGACUGUCGUGAGAACUGCUGCUAAAUUUGGUGCAAUUGCGGCUAUUAUGUACAGCGAUCCCCAGCAAUUCGGUGGAAAUGGAACAAAAGGGUUUUUCCCCAAGAGCAAAUGGUUGCCGCUAGAUGGAGUCCAAUUUGGAACUGUGAUGCAGGGAAUGGGCGAUCCUUCUACUCCUGGAUGGCCCAGUACCGAGAAUAGUGAAAGAGUUUUAGACAUUUCUGACAGAUUUCCAAGCAUACCGUCCGUGCCAAUCUCUGCAAAUGAAGCUCAGCAAAUUCUCAUGUCACUUUCUGGACCAGCUGUUCCUGCUGCUUGGCGAGGAUCUUUAGAUUUUCAUGGCGUGGGGAGAGGGCCUGGGAUAGUCAACUUCACCUAUGUGGAGAAUCAGACAAUGUCUACCAUUCGAAACGUGCUUGCUGUGAUACGGGGCUCAGAAGAACCGGACAGGUAUGUCAUUCUUGGAAAUCAUCGUGACGCUUGGACAUACGGAGCUGUGGAUCCCAAUAGUGGUACAGCUGCUCUGUUGGAGCUGGCUAGAAAGUUUGGUGCUCUACUUGGCAUGGGAUGGCAGCCACGGCGAACUAUUAUUCUGUGCAGUUGGGAUGCAGAAGAGUAUGGAAUGAUAGGAUCAACGGAGUGGGUUGAGGAGAAUUUAGGCAACUUGGGUGCAAAAGCAGUGGCGUACCUGAACGUGGAUUGUGCUGUUCAAGGGUCUGGAUUCUUCGCAAGUGCUACGCCACAGCUUGACGAUCUUCUCAUACAAGUUACGAAACAGAUAAAAGAUCCUGAUUCAACUUAUAAGAAUGUGUACGAUUCAUGGAUUGCAUCAAGAAAUCAAAUAAAAGUAAAGAUUAAUAGAUUGGGUGGAGGUGGAUCUGACUUUGUAGCAUUUCUACAACAUGUUGGAGUGCCUUCAAUUGACAUGUAUUUUGGUGAAUCUUAUCCAGUUUACCACACAAUAUAUGAUAGUUUCACUUGGAUGGAAAAGUUUGGAGAUCCAUAUUUUCAUAGGCAUGUUGCAGUUUCUGCUAUAUGGGGGCUUCUUGCUCUUCGCCUUUCUGAUGAGUGCAUUCUUCCAUUCAAUUAUCUUACAUAUGUUAAUGAGUUGCAGAGGUACACAAAUACAAUAAAACAAAGAAUUGAGAAUUUUAAGGGAAUGACUAUAAAAGGAAUCACUUUAGCUAUAAAGGAUUUCACCAAUGCUGCAAAACAUGCUGCACAAGAAGCAAAGGUCUUGAAAGAGGGUAACAAGGGAGGCUACAAAUUGAUUCUAAGGAGAAGGGAUUUCAAUGAUCGUUUAAUACUUACUGAACGAUCCUUUUUAGAUUCAAAAGGUCUCAAGGGAAGGACAUGGUUCAAACAUUUAGUAUAUGCUCCAUCUCAAUAUAAUGAAUACCAUUCUGCUUCAUUUCCUGGGGUAGUCGAUGCCAUGGAAAGUAAAAUAAAUUCAAAUAAGAAAGAAGAAGAGGUGCAACAUGAGAUAUGGAGAGUUUCUAGAAGAAUAACUGAAGCUGCAAUUACUUUAGAUGGAAAGUUGACUUAA